AUGAUAUUUAAUUCAUCAAAUUUAUUUGAAGAUUUCAUCAUGAGAUCUCUCUUCAGGCACCUGUUCUCCGUUAAUGGAAACCAUCUGAAUGUGUCCCAUCUUAGACAUGAACAGUUUAAUUGGGCGGUGAAAACUCUCUUAAAAAUGUACAGUAGCAGAUGUACAUUGUUGUGCAAGAUGCUGUUGCAGGGUUGUGCUCCCCAAUCUCCAAGCUUUGUUGGCCGCUUUCAUAAGUUAACUGCAGAAGCAAGUGAUCAGAUCCAUAGAGUUUGUUCAUUAUCAAAAUCAUCCAAUACUUAUAAACUACCACCUUCUCCACCGACGAUUCCGAUAAUUGGUAACCUUCAUCAAAUAGGAAAAUUAGCUCAUCGAUCCUUCCGACAUCUUUCUCAAGAGUAUGGUCCAUUGAUGCUAUUGCACUUGGGUCAAUCGCAGACUCUUGUAGUUUCAUCCGCGGAAAUGGCAAAAGAGAUAAUGAAAAACCAAGAUCUUGUCUUCCCAAAUAAACCUUCUAGUACCGCUGCAAACGCGUUAUUUUAUGGAUGUACUGAUAUUGGUUUUGCACCUUACGGCGAAUACUGGAGGCAAGUGAGGAAGAUUUGCGUUCUAGAGCUAUUGAAUGCAAAGAGGGUUCAUUCAUUCAAGAAUGUGAGAGAAGAAGAAGUCGACACUGUAAUCCAAAAGAUAUCGAGUUCAUGUUCCUCAAUGGAAGAGGGAGAAGUAGUAAUUAAUCUUAGUAAAGUACUGCUAACUCUAACAAACAACAUAGUUUCGAGGUGUGCUAUUGGUGCUAAGUAUGAAAGUGCUCAUGAAAACAAAUCUGGUGAAUUAUCAAGAGAGAUUUCAAGGUUGCUGGGAGCUUUUAGUUUUGGUGAUUACUUUCCAUCUCUUGGGUGGAUGGAUGUUGUUAUUGGAUUAUCUAGUAAGCUUAAGAAGAUUUGA